UGCCGAGUGCGGGCGGGGGUCGCUCCAAGAUGGCGGGCGUGCCGGCUGUGCGCAUCAGCAUCGAGUCGGCGUGCGAGAAGCAGGUGCAGGAGGUGGGGCUGGAUGGCAGCGAGACCUACCUCCAGCCGCUCUCCAUGUCCCAGAACCUGGCGCGCCUGGCGCAGCGCAUCGACUUCAGCCAGGGCUCCGGCUCCGAGGAGGACGAGCCGGGCUCGGCGGGCCGGCCCUGGGCCGAGGCGGGCGAGACGGAGGAUGAGGAAGGGUUGGUAAAGUUCCAGCCAUCCCUCUGGCCUUGGGAUUCAGUGAGGAACAACUUAAGAAGUGCCUUGACUGAGAUGUGUGUGUUGUAUGAUGUUCUUAGCAUUGUGAAGGAUAAAAAGUUCAUGACUCUAGAUCCAGUCGGGCAGGAUCCCCUUCCUCCAAAGCAAAAUCCUCAGUUUCUACAGCUGAUUUCAAAAAAGAAGUCAUUAGCUGGAGCAGCUCAGAUCCUGUUGAAAGGUGCAGAAAGAUUAUCCAAAUCAGUUGCUGAAAAUCAGGAAAAUAAGCGACAAAGAGACUUCAACUCUGAACUGCUAAGACUGAGACAGCACUGGAAGCUGAGAAAAGUGGGAGAUAAAAUUCUUGGUGAUCUGAGCUACAGAAGUGCAGGCUCCCUUUUUCUUCAUCAUGGCACAUUUGAGGUGAUAAAGAACACUGACAUUGACCUGGAUAAAAAAAUACCUGAGGAUUACUGUCCUUUGGAUGUUCAAAUUCCAAGUGAUUUAGAGGGAUCAGCAUACAUCAAGGUUUCUAUUCAAAAACAAGCACCAGACAUUGGUGACCUCGGGACAGUCAAUCUCUUUAAAAGACCCUUGCCAAAAUCAAAACCAGGUUCUGCACACUGGCAGACCAAGUUGGAGACUGCACAGAAUGUUCUUCUAUGUAAAGAAAUUUUUGCCCAGCUGUCACGAGAAGCUGUCCAAAUUAAAUCACAGAUUCCUCACAUUGUAGUGAAAAAUCAGAUAAUCUCCCAGCCUUUCCCAGGUUUGCAGUUGUCUAUUUCUCUGUGUCACUCUUCCAAUGAUAAAAAGUCACAAAAGGCUGCUUCUGAAAAACAGAAUCCAGAGGAUCAUCUCUAUGUUCUGGAACAUAAUUUGCAUCAACUUAUCAGAGAGUGUCACAAGCAAACCCUGAGCUCAACAGUGAUGCCACAUCCAGCUAGUGCACCUUUUGGCCAUAAGAAAAUGAGACUUGCAGGGCCCCAGGCUUUUGAUAAAAAUGAAAUCAGUUCUUUACAGUCAAAUGAAGGACUUCUGGAAAAGAUCAUAAAACAGGCAAAGCAUAUAUUUUUAAGACGAAGAACUGCUCGAACCAUUGACAGUCUGGCGAGUCGUAUUGAGGAUCCUCAGAUUCAGGCUCACUGGUCCAAUAUCAAUGAUGUUUAUGAAUCCAGUGUUAAAGUUCUAAUAACUUCUCAAGGAUAUGAGCAGAUAUGCAAAUCCAUUCAACUACAGCUGAACAUUGGAGUUGAACAAAUCAGAGUUGUGCAUAGAGAUGGAAGAGUUAUUACAUUGUCCCAUCAAGAGCAAGAGCUGCAGGAUUUCCUUUUAUCUCAGAUGUCACAGCACCAAGUACAUGCAGUUCAGCAGCUUGCAAAAGUUAUGGGAUGGCAUGUGCUGAGUUUCAGUAAUCAUGUUGGUCUGGGGCCAGUGGAGAGCAUUGGCAAUGCAUCAGCAAUAACUGUAGCAUCACCAAAUGGAGACUAUGCCAUUUCAGUCCGUAAUGGCCCGGAAAGCGGCAGCAAAGUCAUGGUUCAGUUCCCACGGAGCCAGUGCAAGGACCUCCCCAAGGGCGAUGUCCUGCAGGACAGCAAGUGGAAUCAUCUCCGCGGGCCAUUCAAGGAGGUGCAGUGGAAUAAAAUGGAAGGGCGGAACUUUGUGUAUAAAAUGGAGCUCCUCAUGGCUGCCCUAACUCCUUGCUAGUGAAGCAUGUCAGCCUCUCUCUGCAGGCUUUGAAGUGUCUCUGUGCAAUGAUAACUGCCAGUGCAGCAAAGGGAAAUGGGAGCUAUGGGCCAAUACAAGACAGCAAAAUCAAAUUUAUUUCCUGUACAGAAAUAACCAUUUUGGUAUUUGUAAUAAAACCUUUUUCAGUGGCAUAUAAAAUACAUACAAUUUUUUGUAAAAGUUCCUUUCAGCUGUAUCUUUGAAAUUUGCUCUGUCCAGAGUGUCAUAGAUGAGUAAUGUAUUUUUUGUUUAUAAAAUUAAAUUUGAGUUGAAGUAUUCUUGAGUUGGAAUUUUUGUACAUUGAUGGGGAUUCUGGGUGACCCCUUUAUUUUUGAGAAAUAUGUUUCUUUGGAAGUUUAACUUGAGAGUGUUACAAAGUCACUGCCUGUGGCAAAAGUCUUCCCUCUCUGAUGGCUUGGGUCAUGUCAGCUACUUUGCUUGUUUUUUGACCUUGUUUUUUGCAAGAAUAUAGAGGAAAGGGUCUUACUUGGCUGGCAAAGUUCUGACAAUUUGAGUUUUUGGGUGACUUGUGACUGGAUAGAACGAGAUAACUCUCAUGCAGUAGACCUCAACACUUGAGCAUCUGGGUCUUUCUUCUGCAGUCUCCAUGAUUAUCAUACAGGGAAAUAACAAUAUCUUCCCAAAUAUCAGCUCUCUUGAGUUCUUUCAAAAUAGAAAAGUCAUGUUUUUUAUAGUUUUGGUUGUAAUUGUCACCUUCUUGAAACUUACAGUAUGGUGUUCAACAAACCUUUCAUUUUGAUUGGUACUUAAGUGCUAAGGGUCUUUUUGCAACCUGUCUGUGUAAACUGGUUUAUAUUCAUGUCUGUAUUGUCUUAUGAGGUGUCUGUCUUUAUGUAUAUAUGUGAACUUCUUGCACAUAAACAUGAUCAAAUUGAGCAUCACACUUCCAUGGUGACAGUUGUUACUUUGUUGUAUUCUCAAGUAUAAAGAAUAAUUGUAGGAAAAUGAGCAGCGAGCUGC